UUCUAUUUAUAGUAUGGCGUUUGAUUGGCCACGUUUAACCUCCAUUCAUAAAUUUAGCAGCUGGUAGAUAACAUACAGAGGUCAACUCAACACAGCAUAAUUAUCGCUUUCAGUUGAAUUUUAAAGUCAAAGAGAAAAAACGGUAAUGGCAUCUAAUAUUGUAAAACAACAGAACUAAUGCAAAAAUGAAAGGUUUUGGCCAAGAACCGAAUGCAUACUUCUGUGCCCGCUACACCAUUUCUUGUCGCCACAAGUUCACAUACAGCCGAUCAGUUUGAGAAUUAUGUAGAUCAUAAAGAUGACGGAGAUUUGAUCUUAAAGCUUAAAUUCACAUUGUGAGAAUUCGUCCAUUCUUGAUACAGGAACCUCUACCACGAUAAUAGAUGCACUAAAAAUGGAUGAAGUAGAUGCCCCAUCUUGGUUACUCACCAAAAAACCUCAGGAAAUGCAUUCCUGGACUCGUAAAUCAGCCUCUAGAAAUCAGUCAUUAUCAUUGUCAUCUUCAACUUCAUCAGCAUUAACCUCCAGAUCACUAUCUCUGUCAUCAUCAUUGUCAGCACCAUUUUCAAGUUCUGGUAAAUUACUCCAAUCAGCAUCACGACUCAAUGAUCGCCUAUCUUUUACGGAUCCUUCUUUACGCAUGGUGUCAAGAAUGUCAGCAGAUCCUACAAUACAAACCCUGGAUUCUCCGGAUUCAGCAGGAUUUUAUGACUUGGAAAGUUCCUAUCCACGGAGUUCUUUAAGUCUUUCAUCUUUCUCAGAUGUUUCUUCUCUGCUGGAUUCCAACUCCAGUUGGGGAACAGCGUUUUCAAUUGCCUCUCAAGAUUCAGGGUUUGAUGAAGUUGACUCCAGACAUGUGCCACAGAUGCAGCAAUCAGAAGUGGAUGUGGAUAUAUAUUCAGACACAUCUAAGCACAGCAUAGGCAGCUCAGUGAGAAGACAGUGGCCACAAGCAAAUGACAACUUUCAGUCAAGUAUUGGUAAUCCUCUUCUUGAGAGUGGAAAAUGGACAUCAAGCAAUGACAGUUUUACUUCAAGGGGAAGCAACCCUUUUCAGUUGAGUUUUUCACCAAGGGGAAGCCACCCUUUUCUUGAUCAUGAAAGUCUUACUUAUAAGGGAAGCAACUCACUGCAUGAAAUUGAAAGCUCAGAGAGACAAAAUGACUUUUCCUGGGAAAGCUAUGAAUUUUCUUCAACAGAUUUCAAUUCUCAAGUAGGGGCAACUGAGAAACCAAAGGACUACAAGAUUAUCAAACCAGCUGAGUUGGCUUUACUUCUGAAAACUGGACUUGAGAAGUACCUACUGAUUGACAGUCGUUCCUUCCUGGAGUACAAUACAUCUCACAUCCAGCAGUCCUCCAAUGUCUCCUGUACAAAGAUCCUCAAACGACGCCUUCAAUCAAACAAGAUUCAGAUCCGUGACCUGCUGGUACAGAACUGCCACAUAGACGUGGAUGAUCUCAUGGACGUGAUCGUGUACGACCAGUGCACGGAGAACCCGGGCCGCCUUACAGAGGACAACUUCCUUUACAUCCUGCUCGAUAAACUCUCAGAGACGUUCAACACGGUCGCGUUGUUGAAAGGCGGGUUCCUUGCGUUCCAGACGAUGUACCCAUCGCUGUGCGAGAGCAAGGCGAGCAGCUACCGGUGUGCGGCACUCACAUCCCUGUCCCAGCCCUGCCUGCCAGUCACCAACGUGGGACCCACCCGCAUACUGCCCUUCCUGUACCUGGGCUCACAGCAGGACGCCCUCUCACACGACAUUGUACAGGUGAACGAGAUAACUUACGUACUAAACGUGAGUGCCAACGGUCUUAAGCCGUCCCACAUUCCUGAUGGACACUUCCUGCGUAUACCGGUCAAUGACAACUACAGUGCCAAACUGAUCCCGUACUUCGAACAGGCGUUCCAGUUCCUAGACAAGGUCCGGGAGGCGAAUGGUUGCUGCCUGGUGCACUGCCUGGCAGGGAUCUCGCGCUCACCCACCCUGGCCAUCGCCUACAUCAUGAAACACCUCAACAUGUCCUCUGACGACGCUUACAGAUAUGUAAAAGACAAAAGACCCACAAUUUCUCCAAACUUCAACUUCCUUGGCCAGUUGCUGGAGUUUGAGAAACAGCUUCAACAGGAACGAGAACUGAACAACAACCAGUCAGCCGAUAGCCCCAGCCUCAAGCCUGACCCCUGGGCUAGCCCUGCCUCCUCUUGGACAAGCCCUGCAUCCUCAGGGUUCAGCCCCUCCCUCAACGCCUGCAACAAAAAGGGGUUCUCCGUCUCAACUGAUUGUCUAAAAUCUCAGGGUUUGUCACCGCGUUUUGUGCCGGGAAAACAUUCUAUGCCGCAGAAGCCACUCGGAUUAUCUAUUAAAAAGUCAUCGUUUCAUUUGUCAUAUCAAAGUUCCGACUUCAAAGAAAAGGAAGUGACUGGUACGUCAUCGACCAAGAGCGUGUCUGAGAUGACAUUUUCUGAACGAAAAGACAAUGGCCCUGAUCGACCUUGUGUUCUAAACCUUGGCUUGGAUUUACCAGCCAGACGAGUGCCUUUGUCGCUUAACAAGGGACGUGAGGUUAACAUUAUUCCCUCAAAAUCAUUAUCGGACAUCAAAGAAGCAUCGGAGACACCUUCGCCAAUUGUUAGCGCCAAGUCGCAGGAAAAUGUUUAUUCUACCUCAUUUCAAACAACAGAAAGUGCUAUGGAGUUGUUGUCGCCAUUUCCAUGCGGAGUGUCGACAAUUUCUUCUAGGUCUGUUGUUGGUGACAUUAACCUUGUUCCGUAUUCAGGGAAAGGCAAGAAUACGCGUAUCUCAGAGUAUUCAAGUGUUGUGACAUUUGAAAAAUCAAAACCCACCUCUUCAAAUUCUGAAGCUUCAGAAACCUCGUCAACUUCUACAUCUGCCUACUCUAGUCUCUCAGAAUCAAAACUGGUAUCCCAUUUGCGGCCAGAGUCAUCUAGUUUCUCAUUCCAAGGUCAUGGCCCCUUGAAACUCGGUGGUAAGCGACCACUGAGAAAUUCCUUGACAUUGCCUCUGUCCCCUGUAUCAACCUCAGAAAGGUCUUCACCUUUGCGUUCAUCGAAUUCUUCGCCUACUUCACUGCACGGUCACAUGGAACCGUCUGCCUGUAAAAUGGAGCGGAAAAUCGAUUUCAUGUCCAGAUCAGGGAGUUCAGGUUAUUCUUCAAACAUUCCACAAUCUUCUCAGCAAUUGUCUCCGGGUUCUGUUACGACCAUGCAAUCCGUGAAACUAAAGAAAUUCAGUCUGUCUGCCUCGCUACCACUGUCCCUAAUGGCUCAAUCUCCGACCACAGCAUUAUCCAAGUUGCAGUUUGGAAGUAAUGAAAAUAGUGAUAACGAAAUGGAUGUGGAACAAACGGACCAGGGGUUUUCAAGUCUUGAUUAUCAUCCUAUCUACAAACAUAGGUUAAUGAAUGACAGUAUGGAAAAACUCAGCAGUUUUCCGUCUACCUCUUUAGAUAAAUUAAACUUCACCCCAUGCUUGUCGAGUUCAAAUGAAAACCUUUUAUCAAACAAUACGUCUCCGCGAACCACUGGUGUUAAGCGUCCGUUGAACAGUGAUCUAACAGAUCUGAAAGAUGCUGAUAACACAGAUUCUCCCACAGGCAACUCUCCAUCGGGUGGAAACAGUAAUAUUUUAUUAUCGCCCACAAGCCCCUCUCAGCAGAAGUCAUCUGUUCGUAAACGAGAAGGUCGCGCCAAGCGUACCAUGGCGCGACCCAACAGUAUAGCAUUUUCAACAUACCCGACCUUUGACCUCGGCUCCGACUGCCAGGAUUCGCCACAUUCAUCCGGUAGCUCAGCAUCUCAGGACGACUCGUCUGAAGUGUACUCCCAAAAUGGGAAGAAGUCAAAACCCUCGGAGUACAUGAAUGACGUACGAUUUAGACUAGGUCGCUACUCGGAACGCGAAGUGUAUCGUCAAAUCACCGCAGCAAUGGAGGCAGCAAUGAUGAAGUCCCAGGCCUUUGAGGUCAACCGGAAGUCUCGAAGUCUAGACGAUAUUCUUAGUUCGGAGGACGACAGCUCGGCGCCUAAUUCCCCAAAGAUUACCCGCAUAAGUGUUGCCACGCCGACUAUCCUGUAAGAGCUGAUGCGAUGCAUGCAACAUCCAGGCUGAUUUGAUAUAGUGAACAGGCUGUUACUUCUGCCAGACUACCUCCCUUGCAGUCAAUGCUAUUUACAGAAUUCCCCCUAGAAUCAGGCUGUUACUUCUGCCAGACUACCUCCCGUGGAGUCAACACAAUUACAGAUUUCAUCCCAGAAACAGGCUGUUACUUCUGCCAGACUACCUCCCUUGCAGUCAACACUAUUUACAGAAUUCAUCCUAGAAACAGGCUGUUACUUCUGCCAGACUACCUCCUUUGGAGUCAUUACACUAUUUACAAAAUUUCAUCCUAGAAUCAGGCUGUUUAUUCAAGCAGUCAAUCUCCUAGUACAAACGCAAGAAACUGGUUGUUGCAUUUUCAAGUUUGCCUCUGUCUAAUAAUGCAUUAUGCAACAAAAACACGUCUGUGAGCUGAGGCUUCUUACAGCCUACCUCCUGGAAAAUUUAGUGCGAACAAAUAUUCAAUCUUUUAACUACUACAAUUUCAUGUAAUCACAUUUUUAUGCCCCCAGAUCGAAUGAUCAGGGAUAUAUUGUUUUUUGCCUGUCUGUCUGUUUGUCUGUCUGUCUGUCAUUGUAUCAUGUGUCUGUCCCAAAAGUUUAACCUUGCUCAUAAAAUGAAAACUCUUGGGCCUAUGUUCUUUAAACUUCACAUGUGCAUGCAUUUCAUUGAGAUCUACAAUUAAACAUGAUUUGAGGUCACUAGGUCAAAGGUCAAGGUCACUGUGACCUUUACAUUCACAAAUAUACCAUUUUCUCUUAAAUACCUUCAGUUCGGCUUCAAAGCGCAGUAGGGGGCGUUGUGUUUCACAAACACAGAUCUUGUUUUAUAUAAUGAUUUAAACAUUUGUAAAAUAAUAUUACAUUUAAAGAUCAUUCACAACAUACUUAAAUUUUACAAAUUAAUGUUCUUAGGUAACAUCUGAAAUUGGAUUUCAUAUUUUAUGACAUUUUAUUUUGUCUUUUCCCAAAAAAUACCAACAUCAACAACUUGGGAGAUAUAGGGAAGCAGAGCACGUUCCAUUUAAACAGUAUUUUUUUGUUUUAUGUUUAAGUGAUACAUCUGUUAUUUAUUGCUACUUUUCUGUUAAACCUCUGUGUAUAGUUCAUGUUUUUAUAAUGUAAAAACGUUGAUUAUUCAAUGUUUAUUUUAUUUUUAUAUGUGAUGAUAAAAUGUCAUUUUUUACUACCGCUGUGUUUAUAAUGUGAAGUACGAAUAGGAUAUUAAGCAUAGAACAGACUAAAACUGGACACAUUUCUCACAUAAUUGCAUAAUUAUUACAUAGUGGUAGAAGAGUGAUUAAACUAAACCAUAUUUUUACAGUAUAAAUAACUUUGCGAAAGUAAAAAGUACACAUUUUAAAUUGAAUAUGAAAAGCAUCAAUACCUACCGGUAAUUAUAACAAAAUACUCCUGUCUGUGUUUAAUGUCUUAUACAAACCUUUCAAAGAAGUCUGUUACAUUUAUUAAUAAAAUGAAAUAUUAAGUUAAACUUGACUAUUAAUAUAAAGUGCAACUGUUAUGAAAGUUGACACACAUAUAUUCUCUAAGGGAAUCAAGACAGUACAUUAUAAUUUUAUUAAUAGAAUGUUAACAAUUUGAUUGUUACCUUAAACCCCAAACAAUUUAAUUGCAUCUUUUUUUCAAUGACCUUUUAUUCAAUUUCAUUCCACUGCAAGUUCUUCAACAUUAGGUUAAAUCAAUAAGUUCUCAAUACCAAUGUCUCAUAAAUCACAAAUAACCUGCUAAGCAGAGAGCAUAAAUGGAAUCAACAAAUUAUAACUUUAUAGAUGUUUUCCGGAAUGACUCUCAUAUUGAUUUGAAAUACAUAAAACAUUUAAAUUGAUAAUAUGAUCUUGUUUUUUUUUUAAUUUCUUUUCUUGUAAAAUGUGCCAAUGCGAUAGUUGAAAGGGGCGUCUGAAUUAAAUCAACACUGGAAACAAAGAAAUACAUUUUUGUAAGGAAGAAAGUUUUCAGUCAUGUAAAUUAACGUUACUAUAGUUCUUUAUGCUAGUAAUUAUUAUUUACAAUGCAUUUGAUACGGCUUUAAGGAUGCUAAAUCUAUAAAACAAAAGAGCUUCUUUUGCAAACCAUACUUUUUUUAAAGAUUAACAUAAUAAAUGACUAUUGGUACAAGUUCGAGUCAUCUUAAAACUUAAAGAGUAUUUAAUAUUAACUAUUAUUCUGGUCUUAGGCAUUAACAAAAUAACUGUUUAAUAUAGACAGUAGGUGUUUAAUCAUACUUUGUGGAAUGUGAUACAGUGGCAAAAAUAUUGUUUGAAAUUAGAGAUAUUCCAAUAAAUAUCUGAAAAUACACAAAUUUAGCAUCUUUAAGUGACUGGUACUUCAACCUUAUAUGAUAUAAAUAUGAUUCACAUAUUAUAAGACUGCUUAUGUAAAAGGUUUCAUUUUGAAAAAGAUCUAUAUAUUUUAUGAUCUUUUGCAAAGCAGUCAUUAUACUGAGUGUUGUCUUUAAAACAAUACGGAGUAAAAUAAUAAUUGAGUGUCAGACACUUUAUUACUUGUUUGUUUAUUGAGAAGAAAAUAUAUAAUUUCACUUCUGUUGUUGUUGUGAAUUAACAGGGUAGACAAUGAUUUUAUAUAAUAACUAUUAUAUAAAUACAUGUAUAUUAUUACACUUGUUGAAAUGAAUAUAUUGUUAUUGUAAGUAUUGUUAUUGUAAAUAAGUACACUAAUUAGUAUUAAUUGUAUACGUGAUUUUAUGUGCAAAAGUCAUUUUGUUUUAAGUGUAUCAACCUAUAUUUAUUUGACACCUGUGACUGUAUAGCUAUAUUAUGAUGAUAUAUACGCAUUGUUUCCUAAAACUGCUAAUGGAUUUAAUAGAUAAAAAAAUAUGUUAACUUAAUCACUGAUGCACUGAAAAAAUAACACAUACCAUUAUAAACUUAGCUGAACGAUUUUCAUCUUUGUUAAAAGCAGCAAACACAUGAGAACAAUGGAACCAUUUUGAUUAUUUUCAGAGUUCAUAUAGUUUAAACCUAUUUAUUUUAGCUUGAUUGCAUAGAAAGCUGAAGGCUUAUUCGAAAUGCUUUCGAGUCCGUUUCCUGGGACUAGAACCAGUACUUGGUGUCUAUGAGUGAUGUUUAAAGAUCGCUCCCACAGUGGGGAUCGAACCCAUGAUCUCUCGAUUGCUAGGCGGACACCAUAUCACCUACACCAAUGCAACCUAUAAGGUCAUUUGAUGUUUAAUCCUAUUCUAGUAUACUCUUAAGUGUUAUUUUUUACCAAUAUCUACAUUGUUGAUUUUUGUUUGUUAAAUAAAUUAAUUUUGUUAGGUGUUCAAAUAUUUUUAUUUAUUAAAGAAAAGUAUUUAUAUUUCUUACUCGUGUUUUCAUUUUUGUAUUCUUUAAUAAGUAUUUUAAAUCUGUCAUGCCUUGUAAGGCUGUAAAUAUUUUUAGUUAGAUUGUUCAAUCAUAUACCGGUAAUAGUUUUGACAUGAUGUAUUGGCUAUAAAGGAUUUACAAGAUCAUUUAAUUCAAAUAAAUAUUUUUGUCAAGGUGAAUCGGAACUUUUAAAAAACAACAACUUGGGCAAAAUGUAAAAUAUAAUGGAGGGUUAGUACCAUGUACAUCACUUCUAAUGCAAGUAUAUAAUAGUACAAUGAAUAAUCUUGAUACAAACUUAGGAGAAAAUUAGAUUUAAGAAAGGAGGGGGACAAUUAUUUACGAAUAGCUCCAUCAUCAUGCAUGCCAGUUUGUGGACCAGAAUCAAUGUCAGGAAUUCUGUUGAAAUCAGGAGAAAACAUUUUGUUUGUUGUGAGUUAUUGAACAUAAUUAACUGUCUGUGUUUAUUUGGUCAUUGAAAAAAUGUGAUUUGCAUUUGUUUGUUUCUAUGAAAUAAUUGUUAUCGUAAGUUCUAUGUGUAGAAAAUUGUCUAAUAUAUUUCACACCAUCUUGUUUGUGAUCAGUCCAUCUUUCGCAUGUAGUUAUUAAAAGUUUUUUGAUAAGUAGACAUAAAUAAUUUUUUGAUUAAAUUUAAUAGGAAAAGCAAGUACAUGGCAAUGCUCAUUCAUAAAUCAAUUCUGAUAUGGAAUGCCUUAACUUUUUUGAUUCUUUCCUUUUGUCCAUGGCUGUAAUCAUGUAUGUUUUAAGUUCUGUCAUACAGACUAAUGUUGACAUAUUCAAUUAGAAGCAGGAUUUAACCCGAAGGGUAAAUCAAUAUGACAAGAUUUCUGUGGAAACAUUCCAUGCAAUGUGGAUGUAAUUCUUAAUGCUUGCCUCUUGCAGAUAAAACAUGUCACUGUGAUGAUGUGAUUUACCGUAUAAUACUGCCCCUUGAAAGCCAAAUGGUUCAAACAUAUAAUUAUACGUGUUAAAAAGGCUAAUAAACCCUUCUGGCUUUCACAAGUUGAUAUAUUGAAACAAUGAUAGCUCUUUAUUGUGCAAUAGGGAUAUCUAGUACUUCUUCAUAUAUGGAUGUUGUUUUGUUGGUUUUGUUGCCUUUGAUUGUUAAUCACUCCCACCUACCUGUUGAUUGUUAUGCAAUGAUUUUCUGUGUCCCUCAGCAACUUUGUUUCGUUCCCUUUAACUUUAAAUCUGCAGCAAAGUUAUACAGUGUAUUAUUGAUUACCGGGUAUUCCCUAUAAAGAGGUAGGGUUGCUUUGCUUUGCAUAUGUCAGUCAGUAGAUUAAUCUAAGUCCUUAGAACUUUAGUUUCCGAGUGAUAUCCAGGGAACUUUUUGCAACCAUACAAAUUGGUACAAUAACUUCUGCAGAAAGGAAAAUGUCUAUCAAUGUUUAGGUUAAAGGUCAAAGUCAAAUGAUAUUGUAUACAGAAAUUGGUUACCUCAUGAUAUGUAGAGAAUGCUUUGACCUCUGAUAACCUGAAUUGGCAUGAUUGGAGGAAAUAUUUGGGCAUAUUGAUUUUUAAGUAGAUAGGUCAAGGGCACAAAGGCUUGUAUCCAGAAAUUUGUUCCCAUUAACCCUUUGCAUGCUGGGAAAUUUGUCGUCUGCUAAAAUGUUGUCUGCUGAAUUGAUAAAAUUAGCAUUUUCUUCGAUUUUUUUCAAAGAAUACUAUCAGAAUAGCAAACAGUUUGGAUCCUGAUGAGACGCCACGUUCUGUGGCGUCUCAUCUGGAUCCAAACUGUUUGCAAAGGCCUUAAAUAUUCGGUUCCCGCAUUGUAAGGGUUAAAUACAUUGAGAUUGCUUGGACCUAGGAUCAUAAACAUUGUAGAAUGAACUUGGGUGGAAAGGAAGACACUGAUUAAAAUUAAUUCAGGAAUUAAGGUCAUCAUGCAAAGAGUCAAGGUUAUGAGACAUGCAUCAUGCAAUCAGUUCACACACAACAUCUAGAGAUUUCUUAAUAUCAUAUAAAUUAAUACGCUGGUUAGUCUUGGAGACGGAUAAAUCUUCAAAUCAAGCGAUCUAAGGUCAAGGUCACAGGGACAACUUUGCAGCUAGUAGGGGUUGAGGGUGAGGCAAACCUAUUUUACAAAUAUCGCUUUUGUUAUGGUGGUAGAGCCUGUAUAGAGCCAGUAUUUAUAAAGGCAAUCAUUUUUUUACACUUAUGCUUUCUUCUAUUAUAAAGAAAAUUCGGCCAUUUUUGCUAAUGCAAUUGUGAACAAUAUACCAUUCACAUUCUCCUUUUAGUGAACACUUAACAUUGGCAGUAGGUCAUGAAUGUUACUUUUUUGAACAUGUGAUAUGAUUGCAGAAACGUCUAUCUAAGCCUCUAACCCGAAGUAGAAGCACUGUUUAAAAUGUUAUAUAUUUGUGUUAAAAUAUUUAAUAUUGUUUUUUUAAAUGUUAGAUUACAUGCAACACCUAUUUUUAUGACUGUUGUUUCUAGUUUACUACCUCAGUUCUAAGUUCUUCUGGCAUAAUGUGAAUGCAGCUUACAGGGGAUCGUUCAGAGUUACACCUUAAGUUUAAAAAUACAUUGAAUCAUUUAAAGCUUGAAAUUACAAGAAAACGACACAUCAUUAUAUCUGGACUAACCAAAAUUAAUAUGCUCUGGGAAAUUAAAAAAAAAGUAUUCUUAGAACUAGUCUACAAUUUCCGAAUUGAAAGUCUGUCACACUUAUGGUUUGAACCACCUUGAACUUGUAUGCUCUGUAUUUCAUCAUUUGUCUAGGCAGUAUGGAUCGUACAAAUAGAGGCUGAAUGUUUUGACCUUGAUGUAUGACCUUGACCAUACGCCAGCAUUACUAAAAUCCCGGGCUAUAGGAGAUGUGGAACAGAUACUAAAGUGUUACAUACAGACUGACUGAGGGAAGAGAGGACAAAGGGCAUAAUUAUAAACCCCCUACUGCUUUGUGAUCAAUAAAUAUUGUGUCUUGUUAAAGUCAACCUUUCUUUAAACACAAGAUUUUUGCAAUCUGUAAGAAAUGUUUUUGCAAGUGUAAAUUUUACAAUCUGUGAUCAGAACCCUUAAAGUGCAGGCUGCAUUUUCAAGAGAAAUAGUUAUAAAUCCCAAGUAGUUGUAUUUUUAUUGUCAUCAAAAUGUUAUGAUAGUUUCCACUUUAUUUAUUAAGUUCAUUUGUGCAUUAUUUGUAAAAAUAAAAUGUUGCUUAAUAAAAGUUAAACACAGGCAUUUCACAUUGCACCCAUUUCAUAAAAUUUUGUAUUGAACCAGAUCAUUCAAUGUGACGCAAUAUUUAACCUUUUUGAACAUAUCAAAUUUAAUCACUUUUGUAUGUGCUUCUUUUCUGAACAAUGACUUCUCAGUAUUUCUACAAAUUGUGUCCUCUUUCUCAGUAAAGAUUUUUCGUGAAUUUUGUUGAUUUGUAAUACAUCAAUAAACUGUUAUGUGUUAAA